AAAAAAAAAUUGUACGUGUUGAGACUAAAUUUGUAGUGUAAUAAAUAGCCUCAGAACGGCGUUGGAAGCGGUCUAAUCCAUUUUUAAGCGCUUUAUUUACUCCCCUCGUUUUCCUCUCCUUCACUUCACUUCACGUCACGUCCCUUUCUGAAAAAUCACUCAACGUUUUCUGAAUGAGGCCUAACUUCUUGCCUCCUGGGCUUGUUUCCAAUCUCCAAGAUGUGCUUUCUAGCAGAAAGGGUGCUCCCCAAAACAAUGAUUCCACGGAACCCAACUCGGAUCCUGUAGAGGUUGACGAUACAAAGCCUGUUGUUUUGGUUACUAACGCUGAUGGGAUUGAAUCCCCUGGCCUAACGUAUCUUGUUGAUGCUCUUGUUCGUCUCGGCCUCUACAAUGUUAACAUUUGCGCUCCUCAAUCAGAUGAAUCAACGGCAGGCCAUUCUUUUACUCUGAAAGAAUCCAUUGCGGUUACUUCGGCUGAGAUUCAUGGUGCUACUGCUUAUGAAGUUUCAGGGACUCCCUUAGAUUGUGUGUCAUUAGCCUUGUCUGGUGCACUAUUUUCCUGGUCAAAGCCUAUGCUGGUGAUAAGUGGAAUCAACAAGGGCUCAAGUUGUGGCCGUCAUAUGUUUUACUCAGGUGUUGUUGCUGGUGCAAGGGAGUCACUGUUUAGUGGUGUGCCAUCUAUAUCGAUAUCACUUGACUGGAAGAAGGAUGAAAGUCAGGAAAGUGAUUUCAAGGAUGCCGUAGGUGUUUGUUUACCAUUGAUAAAUGCAGCCCUUAGAGAUAUAGAGAAGGGAGUUUUUCCCAAAUGUUGCUUGCUGCAUGUGGAAAUUCCAAAGUCUCCUCUGACAAACAAGGGAUUUAAAUCGACCAGGCAAAGUCAUUGGAGCCUUAAGCUUUGCUGGCAAGCUAUUUCAGCAAGCAGGAAUCCUGCUGCCGGACGUUUUGUUCCCAAUCAGCAAAUGCUUGGACUGCAGCUUGCUCAACUAGGCCGAGAUGCUUCUGCAGCGGGUGCCGCUCGUCGGUUAGCCACACAGAAAAAUAAUAUAGAAGAGGUUGAAUCAGUUGGUGUAUCAGGGAAAUCUGAUUCCAACCGGAAAGUCAAGUACUUCAGAUUGGAGUUACUUGACAAGAAGCAGGAAGAAGAGGAUGAGGAUUUAGAUUUUAGAGCUCUUGAAAAUGGCUUUAUAGCAGUCACUCCAGUCUCUCUAUCGAUGCAUGUAGAAGCAGACGUUCAUGCAGCUGCUACAGAGUGGAUUUCAACUGCAUUAGAAGUCGAACAAUGAAAUUCAUCCAGUCACACACCUGAUCAGUAACCUUUUGCACAUUUCGAGAUGAAUUUGUUUCGAUCAUCUAUGCAAAAUCUAUAUUGGUGAUGCCUUGAUUGUUGAUUCUUUUUGUCUAUUACCUCAUCCUUUUGUAUUUUGUAGUGAAGCUAAAGAAGUGCCAGUUUUUUUUUUCUUUUGCUUGGUACCACAGGGCUGUGUUGUUGUAGGUUCCUUGCUUGACAAAGUUGUGGUUAGGCAGAAUAUUUAGGUUAUUCUUUUCUACCUUGUAAACAGAAACAGACAGAUGAAAUAUAGUGUAAUGUUGUUUGUUACCUGAUAUGCUAAAAGUUGAGUGCUUGUUUACUAA